AUGACAGCGGCGAAGAGGGCCAAAAUCAUCAUGGAUUGCCUUCUUGGAUCCCUGGCCUUCGUGGCCCUCUUCUUCUCGGUGGAUGGCUCGGCUGUAGCUGCCAGGAGCCCUUCGGAGUGCCCCAUCGAGCAAGGAACAUUUCUGUGGUACACCUUCGUGGCCCUGCUUUCCGUGACCCUGAACUUCCUCCCGCGCAGCCUGGAAAGUCAUCUCGCUUGGCGAAGCUUCGUUCAGGAGGACACCACUCAUCGGCGCUGGCAGCUCUGGCGCAGGCACUGCAAGGACUCCGGCUUUUGGGUGCUCAGCGUUGCUCUCUCACUCUUGCAUCUUCUGGUCAUCAUGGCCUUCCUGGCGAACUUGGCGGAGGCAGAUGAGUACAAGUGGAUGUUCACCUGCGCAGUGGUGAUUUUGCGUCUGCAAAGAGAUCUGUUUCUUGCUGUUUGGCCUCGAAAGCAGAUGAAAGGAAAAAUUGUUAUCGUGCCGCUGAUUGCAUGCUUGCUCUCGAGCCUGGGCACCGAGCUGGCCAUGUGUGGUGCUGACAGCAUCGACGUCCCACGUUCAACAUCUGAGUCUGGAGGUGGCUCACAGCUAGAUUUCAAAGACCAGUCGCUAAUUUUCCCCAUGUAUAGCCAUGCAGUUGGGAGCGCAUGGCAAGCGUAA